GGAAGCCGAGCAGGGUUUGGAGCUAAAACAGCGGGGAGUGGGGACAGCGCUGUCCGCUGCUAUGAUUCCCCCGCAGGAGGCUUCCGCCCGGCGGCGGGAGAUCGAGGACAAACUGAAGCAGGAGGAGGAGACGCUGUCGUUUAUCCGAGACAGCCUGGAGAAGAGCGACCAGCUCACUAGGAACAUGGUGUCCAUCCUGUCGUCCUUUGAGAGCCGACUCAUGAAGCUGGAGAACUCUAUCAUCCCUGUGCACAAGCAGACAGAGAACCUACAGAGGCUGCAGGAGAACGUGGAGAAGACGUUAUCCUGCCUGGACCACGUUAUCAGCUACUACCACGUAGCCAGCGACACGGAGAAGAUCAUCCGAGAGGGCCCCACAGGUAGGCUGGAAGAGUACCUGGGAAGUAUGGCCAAAAUCCAGAAGGCUGUGGAGUAUUUUCAGGACAAUAGCCCAGACAGCCCAGAACUCAACAAAGUGAAGCUGCUGUUUGAGCGAGGGAAGGAGUCCCUGGAGUCGGAGUUCCGCAGUCUGAUGACCCGGCACAGCAAGGUGGUCUCCCCCGUGCUCCUCCUGGACCUCAUCAGUGCUGACGACGAGCUGGAGGUGCAGGAGGACGUGGUCCUGGAGCACCUGCCCGAGAGCGUGCUCAGAGACGUGGUCCGCAUCUCCCGCUGGCUGGUGGAAUAUGGUCGGAACCAAGACUUCAUGAAUGUCUACUACCAGAUCCGCUCCAGCCAGCUGGACCGCUCCAUCAAGGGUCUGAAGGAGCAUUUUCGCAAAAGCAGUUCCUCUUCUGGGGUUCCCUACUCCCCCGCCAUCCCCAAUAAGAGGAAAGACACGCCCACCAAGAAGCCCAUCAAGCGGCCAGGGACGAUCCGUAAGGCUCAGAACCUUCUGAAACAGUAUUCCCAGCAUGGUCUAGAUGGGAAAAAGGGGGGCUCUAACCUCAUUCCUCUGGAAGGUCACGAGCAUGAUUUCCGAGUUAAGCACCUGUCGGAGGCCCUGAACGACAAGCGCGGGCCACUGGCUGGGAGAGACGACAUGCUGGACGUGGAGACGGACGCCUACAUUCACUGCGUCAGUGCCUUCGUCAAGCUGGCGCAGAGUGAAUACCGGCUGCUGAUGGAGAUCAUCCCUGAGCAUCACCAGAAGAAAACCUUUGACUCCUUGAUACAGGAUGCCCUGGACGGGCUGAUGCUUGAAGGGGAGAACAUCGUGUCUGCUGCCAGGAAAGCCAUCAUCCGCCAUGACUUCUCCACAGUGCUCACCGUCUUCCCCAUCCUGCGGCACCUCAAGCAGACCAAGCCCGAGUUUGACCAGGUGCUCCAGGGCACAGCAGCCAGCACCAAGAACAAGCUGCCCGGCCUCAUCACCUCCAUGGAGACCAUUGGGGCCAAAGCUCUAGAAGACUUUGCUGAUAACAUCAAGAAUGAUCCAGACAAGGAAUACAACAUGCCUAAAGACGGCACUGUUCAUGAGCUCACAAGCAAUGCCAUCCUGUUCCUACAGCAGCUUCUGGACUUCCAGGAGACAGCAGGUGCCAUGCUGGCCUCCCAAGUUCUUGGGGACACAUACAAUAUUCCUUUAGACCCCCGAGAAACCAGCUCUUCGGCCACCAGCUACAGCUCCGAGUUCAGCAAGCGGCUGCUGAGCACCUACAUCUGCAAAGUCUUGGGUAACCUGCAGCUGAACUUACUAAGCAAGUCCAAGGUGUACGAGGAUCCAGCGCUGAGCGCCAUCUUCCUACACAACAACUACAAUUACAUCCUCAAGUCCCUGGAGAAGUCUGAGCUGAUCCAGCUGGUGGCUGUAACCCAGAAGACUGCCGAGCGCUCCUACCGGGAGCACAUCGAGCAGCAGAUCCAGACCUACCAGCGCAGCUGGCUAAAGGUGACUGACUACAUCGCAGAGAAGAACCUACCUGUGUUCCAGCCUGGAGUCAAGCUCCGGGACAAAGAGCGGCAGAUGAUUAAGGAACGUUUCAAGGGGUUCAAUGAUGGACUCGAAGAGCUGUGCAAGAUUCAGAAGGUCUGGGCUAUUCCAGACACAGAGCAGAGAGACAAGAUUCGACAGGCUCAGAAAGACAUUGUCAAGGAGACCUACGGGGCCUUUCUGCACAGGUAUGGCAGCGUGCCCUUCACCAAAAACCCGGAGAAAUACAUUAAGUACCGCGUGGAGCAGGUGGGAGACAUGAUCGAUCGCCUUUUCGACACCUCUGCUUGAGUCUGCCAGUGUUUCUGCCCAGUUCUGCCGGCAUGCCUAGCAUGUCAUUGGACUCAUAAACCAGUGGUAACUCACUUCCGAGCCGGGUGAGUGUGAAGUCCUUCGGAACAGAGACCUGUGUGCCCAAACCAGGAGCCCCACCCCCAGAUAGUCCUGGUGUCUGCGCCUUCCCUGCAGCCUUCAUCUGCACACCAGCGUCACCCAGAGUGUAGGUCCUGUCACGCCUUGGGUCUCCAUGAUGGAGUGCAUCUGGCCAGCAGCCAUGUGGAUACCAAGAAUAGGAUGGCAGGCUUCACCCUGGUCUGCUUUCAUCCCUUCACCCAUGGAUGUGAAUGGGCUCAAAGAGAAAUAGGCCACAUCACAGCCAACAGACCUAAAGGAAAGGCCGCCAGGCCACACUCUCUUAGGAAGGGCAUUGUCCGGAUGCUGAGCUCUGGAAUGCUCUGACACCUGGGGGUCCGCUAGCUGUCAGGAGGCAGGACUGCUCUGUCUCUGGUUCCUGUGGAGCUAGGCGCUUCAGAAAGUGUUUGGAGGAAUUCUGAGCCACCCUCUGGGGACAGCCGCUCAGCCACCUGUUUCCUGGUCCCCAGCUUCUGUACUCGCCGGCCUGGGCCAUGCACCAGUGGUUGAGUGGCUUAGGCUGAGAGUGUGAGGGACGGGGAACUAGGGGGCAAAGCAGAACAACCCAGGGUCAAACCGGAGGGUCACAAAUGUAAAGUUGGCCCCUACUGCCAGGACGGCCGGGAACGGCUGUGUUCCAAGGGCAGCCCUUACCAUGCACUUGGGAGAUGGUUGGUUCUUCUUAUCUACACAGAGGGGAGGGGAGAGCCUCCUGUUAGAGAGUGGAGCUGACAUGUCUCUCUGAGACACUGUUGUAACCCUCACCUAGCUGUAGGACCUACACUGCACCCUUAAGUCUAUAUCCCUAGGCCCACUCUGUUACAGACCAGGCUGUCCACCAUGCACACACACCCUGCCAGGGGCUGGGUCAGACAUGAGCCACACCCAUGAGAGGGAAGGUGUGGUCAGCGGCCCCUCCUCCAGGAGCUGCUGUCAGGGAGAGGGGCUGUUCUUGGCUGCUCCAGAAUGUUCUUCCAGACAGAGUGGUCAAAGGCAGAAAUUCUUGCUCCAGAGCCUCCUUUCUUCAGAUCUCAGCUAAUUAAAGGUUGGGUCUGGCCCGUCCCAA